CUCUUUCUCUGUGUUUGGUUUUUAGGACCCUCCCUUUCUCUCUCUUCUCCAAUCCCUUUUCUCUCCCCUCCCUCCAUCCUCUUUGUCAGAGCUGUGCACUCCAGCACACAGACAACUUCCCAACAAGAGCAGACCGUAUCAGAUUGCCUCUAAUGCACUGAAAUUCUCCCACUCCUCCCUCUGAAGAGCUCCGGAUCAGGUGAACAUAAGUACAACUUUGCUGUUCUGCUGAGUAAGUGGCCAUGCUGUAAUGACUUGUACCCAGUAACCAGGUGCAUAAAGGCGGUGCUUGCACCAUGAGUUAAUCACUCUGAAACUGUGACUUCUUCUUCCGAUAAACAUUUUCAAUCUGGUUUAACCUGUGAAAAUGCACCUAUGUGAGAAUAUGUGGAGAUGGCCAUACAGCGGGGCAGUAGGAACGAUGCUGCUGCUGCUGCUGCUGCUGGGAAGCAUCUCGGCCCAGGGCGAUUCUGCACAGCUCAGCUGUCCAGGUGCCGAAGUCACUCAGAACAUCACCCAACCUCAGUACAACGGCGUAUUAAACAAGAACACCGAUGUGGUGUCUUUGGUGUCAUUCGUCCACUCCUUUCUUUACACGGUCCAGCCUAACCCUUUUCCUGAACGCUUAUUUCUGGAAAUAAUCAAGGAUCCUCAGCAGGUCUGGUCAAACAAAGAGCUGAUGACUGAAAUCCUCACGUAUGAAGUGGGUUUCCUAGUGUGCAUCGCCAUUGGCAUCUUGUACAUUGUCCUGAUGCCCAUAAUUGGUUUCUUCGUGGCUUGCUGUCGCUGCUGUGGCAACUGUGGGGGGAAGAUGUACCAGAAGCAGACAUCCUCCACCAACUCUCUCAGAAGAACUCUCUGCUUCAGCCUAUUUGCAAUCACAAUCAUUAUCCUUGCUGGUAACAUUUGCAUGUUCAGAAGCAACGAAGAUCUUAAAGAGAGUGUGAACCAGAGUCCGUUGCAGCUUAGCAAUGCAUUAGGUGACAUGCACAGCUUCCUGGUGUCUGUGCCACAACAAGUGGAUAAUGUGGUGAAUGAGAGCUACAGAACUGUGGAGGAGAUCACCAGGAACUUAGACGACAUCGGACGCCAGUUGGGGGAGAAAAUCCAGCAGCGCUUUAGAGGAACUCUUGACCCAGCUCUGCAGUCGGUCAAACUUCUACACAAUGAUUGUUUGACCACCAAUGACCAACUUGACAAGUUGAACUCAUCACUAGCCCAACUGCAGUCCAGCAUAGACCGUACUCAGGCCAACAUCACCGUUGUCAGAAAUCGGCUUACUCAGACGCUGUCCAGACCAGAAUGCAAAGGAUGUCACAACCUAACAGCAGACAUGAAGAAACUAACGCUAAACAUCACCAUUUCUACUGCCAGCCUGAAUAAGUUUCAGUCUGCAGUGAAUGAAGUCAUUAAAGCUGAUCUACUGUCUGAAAUAAUUGAGGCGGAGAAGUUUUUCAACACCAUUCCUGAGACGGUGACCAAUGAAACUGAGACUUUAGUUAAAACCAGCAAAGACCAGCUGAGCAGCAUAAAAAAACAGGUUAUGCCGAUUACCCAGGACCUCCCCCUUUCAGCUUUGGAUGAUGCGUCAAAGACUAUAAUCCAGCUCCAGAGUGACAUUAACGCGUACUUCCCUGAAGAGAAAGCAUUAGAGAAUAUUAGAUGGAGUGUGUGUUUGGCCCUGUGCUUUGUGAUCCUCCUGGUGGUGGUCUGCAACAUCCUGGGUCUGAUUGUAGGCCCUCUGGGUCUCUCUCCCAAGGUGAACCCCACCAACCGCUCCAUGACCUCAAACUGUGGAGGCAUCUUCCUCAUGAUGAGCGCAGGGUUCAGCUUCCUGUUUUCCUGGCUGUUCAUGAUACUGGUGCUGGUGUUCUUCCUACUGGGUGGAAACACGUACACGCUGAUUUGUCGACCAUGGGACAAUGGCCAGCUGCUGCAGUUCAUUGAUACUCCAGGUUUAUUCCCAAACUUCGAAUUAGGCUCCACUUUUGGACUGAAGAGCAAACUCAACUUGUCCACUGUCUACAGAGACUGUCAGAAAAACCAACCUUUGUGGACGACGUUUCACUUGUAUGAACUUAUAGAUCUUGGAAGCGCACUCAAUGUGUCUACAUACACAGCCCAGAUCGACAAGGAGUUUGAGAAUACAAAUAUCACUCUGUCUUCAGUCAAUAUCCUGAGCCCUGACAUGAUAAAGAAACUUGAAAACACCUCUUCCAAAGCUACAGAUUUCAACAUUACGGCUAUCACGCAGCAGAUGGAUGACAUUUUAAGAAUCAAUUUGAAUACAACAGCGGAAAAAGUUGAUAACUUGAGUCUUCAACAACCGACCAGAAUUAAAGAUGAACUUCAAACUGAGACUCUGAAACUGAGGCAAAUUCAAGCCGACAUAGAGAUGACCAUCUUUCCUCAAGUGAUAAACCUCAAAUCAUCCAUCAGGAACCUUCAGUCCUCUUCAGAAAAAAUCAGCAGAACAGUGGGGGAGGUGCUGAGGAGCACUAAAGCAGCACAAGACUUUCUCAACACAAAUACAACACAGAUUGUAAAGACCGAAAGUGGGAGGGCCAUGGAUUACUUAUUAUGGGUGUGUGGAGUGGAAACAGUGUGUUUGUUGGUUCCAUAUCCGCAGACCAUUUGGUGUGCUGCUGAAUUUAUCUUGAGUUAUCCACUUAUGUUGUAGCAAAGCACUAUUUAUGUAGAUUUUGUUCCUAACAGUAUACAUUUGAGCACUUUGGAAUUUAGAAGUGUCUUUUGCACAGUUGCAGUAAAAUCAGGAUGGAUGAGAUACUUUUUGCCUUCAAGUGACCAUCUUCUUUUUUAUUUUUCCUCACCUUUUGAUUGCCUGACCAUCUCGGGCUGAAAGUUAAAUGCUCAAACUACAGCCUGUUAGUGACCUCAAGUGGUCAAAUACCAUUUUGGUUCACCUGGUCUGGCAUUCUGUGGUUAGUGACAUCAUUAUGGAGUCAUCACUGCAACAAUUAUUUAUACAUGUUUACAUUUCUGGACAUAAUCAUGCCUCAGAAUAGUUCCAAUAUGUUUAAAAUGGCAUUUGACUGGCUAAGCUAGAGAUCAAAUUGUAUAUGUUAUGCACAGAAAGGCAGUUAUUUACUAAAUGCUGCAUAAUUAAUAUGCCAUCAUAUAUGAUGGUGGUGUAAAUGUCCAGAAGUGUAAUGUAGUUCAAAUCAAUCUCAGACCUAAAGUGGAACCAAAUCUGGAUCAGUCUAAGAACAGAUUAACAUUUAUUGAAACCUUUGCCUUUGUUUAUUGUUCAUGAUACACCCUUUAAUCCAACAUUUGUGUAGCGCUUCAAAUUACUACUUAAAUCAUUUUUUUGCAACUUUUAAAUGAAGAGCUUCAUGUUGAAUUUGUCAUAUUUAACCCCACAGGUACUUUUAAUUUCUGAACAAAAGUCAAAUCAGUCCUGUCGCUGAAAAAAAAGGGGCCAUCUCACAGAUUUUUAUUAGAAUUCAUGUUAUUUCUGUAUUUUGGACAAGUAAAAUUCAUGGAGUCUAACCAAUUUUUUUUUUCCCCCCAAAUCCUAGGAAAGUAGGAGGUUUCUAAAUUGCCAGCUGGAUUACGUCAGUGCUUAUACUGACUGGGCCAAGACUAUGGUAAAAGAAACUCUUCAGAUC